GUUAUGUCCUACGUGUGUCCUAAGAACUUAGCUGAAUUGAAACGAAAUUAAUUAAAACAACUUAUUUCCUGUAAUAAAGUUGAUGGUGUUAAGUGUAGCAUAUAAAUAUGGAUUUAUUUGUAAUCAACAGAUAUAGAGAGACUCCUGAUGAUUUAGAUACAGCUAGUCAAGAAAGAAUAAAUCUAGAAAAAUUAAAGAAAAAUAUUGAAGAAAGAAAAAGAGUCAACUUAAAUUCUAAAAUAUCAGUGGACUGUCUGAAUCCAAUUGAAAUUACAAUAAAUAAUAAUGAGGAAGAUGAUGAUGUCAUAAAGAUAAAUAAUUUUGAACCAGAUAAAAUACAUUCUGAUGAACCAAAUGUAAAGCUACUUGGAAAGAAUAAUGUACACCAUGAGUUCAAAGUUUUAGGUGUAAACGAUUUUGAAAAAAAACCUAAAGUACAAAGAAUACUACCCUAUUGGCUGUCACAUCCUUACAAUGUUUCGAGGGAUUUACAGAGCCAAUAUUUUCCAUUAGAGGACCAAAAUUGGUUACACAAGACAUUGAAAUCAAUUUUGAAUAGUGAAGGUAUAACACAUUUAUUUCCUGUACAAGCUCAAGUCAUCCCAUUUAUCCUUCAAGAACAUUCAUUAUCAAAUCGAUUAUGGAGACAUGAUGUAUGUGUUUCAGCACCCACAGGAAGUGGAAAAACAUUGUCUUUUGUUAUUCCUAUAAUACAAUUACUAUUGAAAGAAACUGGUCAUCAUAUAAGAGCUAUGGUAGUUUUACCUGUUCAAGAGUUGGCAAUGCAAAUUGCAAAAGUUUUUAAGAAAUAUUGUACACGAACUGCUCUAAAAGUGGCUUUGUUGAGUGGGUCUACACCUCUCCAUCAAGAACAGCAAAAAAUUGUCCGGCACACUGAAUCACUAGGAUGGGUGAGUGAAGUAGACAUUAUAGUUUGUACUGCUGGACGAUUAGUAGAACAUAUUCAGAAUACUGAAGGAUUCUCCUUAAAGCAUUUAAAAUUUCUGGUAAUUGAUGAAGCUGACAGGAUAAUGGAUCAUAUUCAAAACGACUGGCUAUAUCACAUGGAUAAACAUAUUAAACUGGAAAAUGAACUUAUGUCUGGAAAAGUUUCAAAUUUGAACUGGGCAACUUUGUCUAAACAAAAAUCACCACCUCAAAAGUUACUCUUUUCCGCAACUCUGUCUCAGGACCCCGAAAAAUUAGAGCAAUGGGGAUUAUUUCAACCGAAAUUGUUUUCGGCCGCACCAAUAGAUAAAUAUGAAGAUGAUGAAUAUAUUAGAAAAUACACAACACCUUCUGAAUUACAUGAGCAAUUUGUCACAUGUAAUGCUGAACACAAACCACUUAUUUUAUAUCAUUUCUUGAUGGACCUGAAAUGGGAUAAAGUGCUUUGUUUUACAAAUGCAGCUCAAACCGCACACAGACUAGCAAUCCUACUCAAUAAAUGGGGUCAAGGAAAUAUUAAAGUUGCUGAAUUGUCUGCAGCCCUAGAUAGAAACAAAAGAGAUGCUGUUUUGAAGAAAUUCACCAAUUCAGAAGUCAAUAUACUCAUCGGCACUGAUGCUUUGGCUCGAGGUAUAGAUGUUCCGGAUUGUAGAUAUGUCAUAUCAUAUGAUCCUCCUAGAAAUAUAAAGACAUAUAUACACAGAGUCGGUCGAACUGGUCGAGCAGGUCGGUCAGGGACUGCUAUAACUAUUCUGCAACAAAAUCAAAUGAAUCUAUUUAUGGAAUUGAUUAAAUCCAGUGGUAAAACAGAAUUACCUCAACUCAAUAUAGAGCCUGAAAAAAUUGAGAAAAUUUUGGAAAGCUAUCAUUCAGCCCUAGAUGAAACUAAAACUAUUAUUCAUGAUGAAAUAAAUUUAAAGGUGAAAAAGUCCAUUCAGUUGAAACGGGGAUUCAACCCACGAAAAAGAAAACACGAGUGAUAAUUUAUAUAAUGUAAUUAUGAAUUAUAUUUUUUCUUUGUAUUGUUA